AUGUCCACACCUCUCCCCAGCGAUGAAACUGCAAAGCAAGCUUCCGAAAGCGCUUUGCAACCCGUCAAAAGUACUGAAAACCCCGGUCAUCCCGACCACUCAGACACGCCAGAUUUUCCCGAGGGUGGUGUAACAGCUUGGAGCACAGUGUUAGGAGCUUUCUUGAUCCAAUUCUGUGGCGCCGGAUAUACCAGUUCUUAUGGCGUCUAUGAGGACUUUUAUACUCAAACUUACCUGACAAAUUCCACACCAUCAGCAAUCGCCUGGAUAGGAAGUGUGAAUGCAUUCUUGAUAUUCUCGGUCGGCCUCGUGUCAGGAAGGAUGCUUGAUCGGGGUGCAUUCUAUCAUGUGAUGAAAAUUGGCUGUCUCCUCCAGUGUUUCUUCCUCUUCAUGCUGUCCCUAGCGAAGCCGAAUGGAUAUUAUCAAAUCUUCCUUUCUCAAGGUAUCGGUUCUGGGUUUGCAAUAGGCCUUACGAAUGUUCCCUCAAUUGCCGUGGUAUCUCAUCACUUCCAGCGGCGCAGAGCUUUCACGAUGGGUCUCGUUGUUGUUGGGGCGUCGAUGGGUUCAAUCUUACACCCCAUCAUGCUCAACAACCUUAUCAAUGGAAGACUUGGCUUUGCAAAUGGUGUCCGUGCCAGCGCGGGCAUGAUUAGCGGUCUGCUUCUCAUGGCCUAUCUCCUGAUGCGUACAAGGCUUCCAUUGCAACCCCAGGCCGUUAGCUACACUCGUGUUCUGCAAAACUCGUUGAGAGACCGUGCUUAUGUCUGUGCAUGUUUAGGGAUGGCUGCUUUCGAAGUCGGAUUCUUUUUCGUAGCAUUUUAUCUCCAACUAGACUCCCGUAUGCACGGUCUAAGCAAAGGGUUUUCGUUUUAUUCGCUUACUAUUUUCAAUGCUGGUUCUUUCAUCGGAAGACUUACUGCUGGUAUUAUCUCUGCCUACCUGGGCGUCCCAAAUACGAUCACCGGGUGCUCGUUCAUAUCCUCCGCUAUAAUAUUUUCAAUGAUUGGCUUGCGCUCGGUGGCCAGUGUGGCACUGAUAGGUAUCAGCUAUGGUUAUUUUGCUGGAGGCUGCAUAGCAAUGAUUGGCCCAUUGAUAUCAUAUCUGACCCCUGAAAUCUCAGAUAUUGGCGUUCGAAUGGGAAUAUCGUUCACAAUAUCUGGUAUUGCAUCACUCGUGGGCAUGUGUGCCAUUAGCUUUUUUCAACCGUCACUCACCUUCAGCUUAGGUGCUCCAAUUUGCGGGGCCGUCCUAACCUCUCAUUAUAUCUGGUGGAAGCCUGUCGUCUUUGCUGGGAGCAUUGCCACUGGCGGGAGUAUGAUGCUCGUAUUCAUGCAGUUCAUCUUGAGGAUUCGCCAAAAGACUGCAAUCUUUUGCUCCAAGGAGGCUAGUGUUUGAUUAUUGUUGCCCCAGCCAGCAUGUAUGU